AUGGCGGUUCAACAGAAACAAUGUUUUCUUAAGAAUAUAAAUGAUCCCCAAAAAAGCAUCCUGCUCAACAAGGAUCAGAUAAAUAUAGGUCGAGGAAGAAACAUGCAAGUAUGUUUGUUGUCUGUAAUGAUCUCUAAACACCAUGCAACGAUCAAAAGAAUAGAUGAAAAGUGGACAAUAACAGAUGAGAAUAGCAUGAAUGGAGUAUUUGUGAACCGGAAACAACUUGUACCCUCUGCACCUUGCCUAAUUAAUGAAGGAGACCUAAUUCAAAUAGGAAAAUCCAAGGAUCAACCAUUUUCUUACUUAUUCCAAAGCCGACUGGUCACAAAACACAAAGAAGGCAAAUUAAAGUUCAGCAAAAGUUUGUUGGCUUGUGAUAAUGAAAUUAUUUCUAAAGACGAUUACCAAAUUUUACCCUCUCAACACAAAGUGCCUUUUUCAGACUCUCAACCUUCACCUGUCCCAUCUUCUUCUGGUUGCUUCUUACCUAAACCAGAUUUAAAUUCAGACUGUAUACUAGCAGGUACAUUCAAGCGGAAAAGGGACUCUCCAAAGUCUCAGGUGUGUGAGGAUAGUCAACAGAAAAUCUUGGAAUAUGAGAAAAAAAUCCAAGAAAUGCAAAAACGCUUGAAAGCAAGUGAGCAGGCGUUACAGUAUGAAAAAGAGAUCUCUUCAAAGCAAGCACAUGUGAUAAAUGCUCUGAAUACUAAGAUGGAAUUUGCAAGAAAGGAACUCGAGGAAGUUCAGGAGUCAAAAAUAGUUGACAAGUUAUUAUUAGAAGAAGAAAUCCGUCACAAGUCAGAAAUUGCCUUGCAGGAGAAAGAAGAGAUGCUUUGGAAAACUCUAGAAGAAAAGAAAGCUGCUUUAGAAAAAGAAAUGGAAUCAAUAGAAGGGGAAUUGCGCAUGAAGGAUAUUGCCAAUCAAACUGAACUUGAUGAUUUACUGGCAUCAAAGAAACGCCUUGAGCAGAUUUUGACAAACAAAGAGGCAGAACAGAAACUCCUCGAAAAGCAAUUGGAGGAAGCAAAAGAAGCUAGCAAACAAGAGAAAGAAUCAGCUUUAAAGAUCAAACAAGAUGUGUUAUCAAACUUUGCUGAAUUGAUGGAGACUGAAUUACAGUGCAGUAUUUGCAGUGAGCUGUUUGUGCAGGCUACAAGUUUGAGUUGUACACAUUCUUUCUGUGCCUUCUGUCUUGAGGAAUGGAUGAAAAGAAAAAAGAAUUGUCCUGUGUGUCGUACUCCAGUCACUUCUAUGGCUCGUGCCAUUGUGCUUGAUUCCUAUAUUGAAAAGAUGGUCUCUUGUUUCAGUGAGGAGAUGAAAGAAAGGCGUGAACAAAUUAUCAAGGAAAGAAAAGAAUUAGCAAUGUCAAAAAACGAGAAGACUCCAUGGUAUAACCGAAGAAUCAUUCCACACAUAAACGCCGAGAUUCUAUAUCCCUCUAUGCUGACGAACCUUGAGAAUCAGAAUGUUUGGUAUGAGGAUCUAUCUGAAGAAAGCUUAUCAGAUGAAAGUUAUGAAAGCAUUGUCGAUGGUGUGUCUGGUUCAUACUUUGGAGGCUAUGGCAGAUGCUACCUCUGUGGUCAACGAGGCCACUGGGCAAAUGGUUGUCCAUUCCAGUAA